AUGAGUAUGUUAAAAAUCUACCAUAAGAAAGAGAGAAUUAGAUUAUUCUUUUUUAUUAAGUUUUUUACGUUUAUCCUUUUAAAUGAAUACGUCAUUUUAUGUAGUGGUGUGAGUAACUUAUAUAAAAUUUUGGAUAAAAAGCAGAAUGAUUAUAGAAAAUCAGGUACUAUAAUUUAUGAAGCACUAGUAGUUCAUAAAAACAAAAGGUGCUCAAGUAUUGAAUGGAUGAAAGGAGGUGCACCAAAUAUGGCAGCAUACGAAAAAGCAGAUAUAUCUAAUAAUAAAAAGGGGACAAAAGGAAAAAAUAAAAAACAAUGUAAAAGUUCAUUUAUUAAUAAAGGAGUAUUUGAACAAUCUGCAGAAGUUAAAUCUCAUGCAUAUACCGAAGGAAAUAUAUAUUUUGAUAAAGGUAUAUUAAGGAAUAAAAAUUAUGUAGAGAAAGUUAAGGAAAAUGUAAGAUUUGGUUUUAAGUUUUUAAGUAAAUGUAUAGGUAGAAAAGUAGGUAUUUUUAAUUUUAUAUUUAUCUUACAUUUAGCACUUGCAGUAACAUUUAUUAUAUCAACAUGCUUGUAUUGUAAUGAAGCGGAACUAAUGGAUAUACCAUGGAUAGUUACAUUAGUUUUACGAUUACUUCCUAUAUUAUGGAUUAUAUUUUUAUUAGGGAUUUUUUAUAUCUACAGGAAAACUGUAAAAAAUGAUAAGUGA